CACGACCGAUGUCAAUUAUUUCGUUUUCACGAUCUCGGUCAACAUAAUCAGCUGCUCGGCGUUCGUAUUUCCAAUUUCAUCCGAUGGUCGAUGACUGAUAUACCGCUAAAUGCUAAUCGUUAUCCAUAUUUUAUCAUUAAUUAUUAUUCGAUUUAAAGUCGUUAUGCCGUUAUAAUAUUAUUAUUUUAUUCCGCAAAUACCCAUGAUCGAGUAUACGACCGUUGCGUCAUCCGGUCGUCGUCAUAGGUCAGUACUUCACGGUUCACAGUGCCCAAUGCCGGCCGCUGUAUUCGACGAACAUACUAUUCCAUAAAAAAGUAUACUAUGUAUGAUAUUAUAUUGAUAUUACUUUAUAAUCAGAAAUGACUAAUGAGUAUCACGUUAUGCCGUUGUGUCCAACCGCGGUCAAACCUAUUCCAUGGCAUUUUCGAAAACUAUAUUAGUAUAUUACAUAUACAGUUAUUCUUAUAAUUCCUAUAUCUAGUAUUUUAAAUAAAUUAUAACUCACUUUUAUUAACUUUUACCAUUUACUUCUAUAGUCUACAUUAUAGCAUUAUUGCAUUAAUAUUUUUAUUUUUAAUAAAUAUGAGAUGCGAGCAUGAAAUCAUAUACCAUACUAUAAUUUAAUAUUUAUUUUGAGAAUAUAUUUUUUGUCGCCCAGUGAAAACUCAUUAAAAAAGCAUGACGAUUUACGGUUAACUACCUAUUAUAAUUACCUUUACCAAUACAAAUUACUGGAAUUUCCAACCAUUAUCAAUUUAUCAUUUAUUACCAUACGUUUUAUGCAUUUGGCCCAUAGUGCAUUAUAUAGUGCCCUAUACCAAUGUUCGUUCGGCAAGGACCUGCAUAAGUUGGUUUAUAUCGCCGGCACUGCUGACUUGUAGUCAAUUUAGACAUAUUGAGAAAAAUAAAAUGAUAAAUUAUAGAAGAAGAAAUUGUGGACAAGUCGUAAAUGAUACGAUUAAUCGAUGGCCCCAAGACGAAAUCAGCAUAUUGGAUGGAGAUUGUUCUUUUAACGUUGGCUAUUUGGGAUGCGUUGAAGUAUCGGAACCCACAAAUUCACAAAUAUGUCGUGAAUCAUUUGCUAAAUUAUAUCAGGAAUAUAAAACAGGAAUUUCUCAUCCAAAUUCUGCUAUUUUGUGGAUAACUGGUUACGAAUUAAGAAUUGUUGAAAAAAAAUCAAAGAAUUUAAUUCUGGCUCAAACUGUUGAAAAUGUUAUAUUUUGUGCUUCGACUGCGGACAACACAGAUCAGUUAUUCUAUACCAGCAGAGACUCUCGCAAUAACCGAUGGCUGUGUUAUUUGAUUAUUGUUACAGAUUUUUCGAGCGACCGACUAUGUAGGGCAGUGGGAUUUGCAUUUAAAGUAUGUCUGAGGCGAAAAACUAUACGGGAAGGAACUGCAACAAAUACAACAACAAGUACCAGAUCUAUUGGUUAAAUAUAAACUUAAGUAUACCCAACAUCUAAAUCUGUUGUAAAAUGUAUACAUAUUAUAUUAUAUACAUUGUUGGAAAUUUAUUAUUAAGACUGCAGUUUUUUCAAAAUGUUUUAAUCAUUUAACAAUUUUAUAUAACAAUUAUUUAAAUUACAAACGAUUUAAUAUUUUA